AUGCAUGCUUCAGGUUGGCACCUUCAGGAAAAAUGGUGGCUCGUCAUCAGCUUUGAUUUGCUGCAUCGCGAAAGAGCAGCUGACACUAGAUUUGACCUGGGAGCCCACGCGCAAUGGUUGUAUUUCGGAGUUGUGCUUCCUGGUGAGUCUGAUUACAAUGCUGUCACCACGCCGAUGCCUUUGCAGGCUCAUGUCAACAAGGACAGCCUUCGAAUUGACAUGGAGAUAAAGUUUCCGAAGAAGGAGAAGAAAGCACAGAAGAAGCUGGAGAACAGGACAUCUUUCACCGGGUCCAUGCUGAGUAGCGUUUUCUCAGAGCAGAAGUAUCCAGAGCCUGUGUACUUCCAAAGCGUUGACUGUGUCGGAAUUCCCAAUUUCCUUUCACACCAGGAGUGCACCAAGAUCAUCGACUUUGCUGAAAUGCAGGGGUUCAGCCUCCAGAACAGACACCGAGUGUUGAAUAUGAUGUGGACGGACUUGAUCGACCCAUUCCUUGCAGAAGCCCUUUGGGAGGUCUGCGGCCUCAGCUGGUUCCUGCGAAACCUGAGCAUCGACGGGCAGGUGCCAUGUGGCUUGAACGAUGUCAUCAGGAUCCAAAAGUAUGGCCCUGGUGGUUUAUUUGGCCGACACACGGACCAACCUGUCAAGCGAGCAGAUGGGAGGACUUCGAAGUACUCAUUGCGAGUCUUCCUGAAUAGCAGCGCUGGCAAGGAGUUUGAGGGUGGGCUCAGUGCCUUCCAUGUCGCAUUCCGGCCGAAGCCCGUGGUCUUCGAGCCUGAGGAAGGGCUGGCUCUUAUCUAUCCUCAGGGAGAGUACUGCCAGGUACAAGAGGAAAUGGAGGUCCACAACGGAAAGAAGUGA